AUGAAAAGUGAAAAAAUAAAAGGUUUUGAAAUAUCUCCUGAAUUAGAAAAGAAUGCAUUGAAAUUACUGAAAAAGAGCUUUGAAAAUCAGUUUGGAAGUACUUGUUUUUUAGGUGUUAAAAAAAUUAAAAAAAAUGAACUUCAGGAUUCGAUAAUAUUACAAAAUAUUAAAAAUGAGGAUAUUGAAGAUGAUUUUAAAGAAUCUCCAAAAAUUGUCACUUUUUCUGAAAAUGUAGAAGGAUCGACUGUUGUUGCAAAUAAAAAUACACAGUUUCAUUCCUUUAAGUUGUCUAAAUUUUCGGAUUUUUUUGAAAGAAAGAAGUCUUUAAAAUUUUCUAAAAAAAAGGACCUAGAGAAUGAUCAAUUAAAAAACGAUAUUGCUUUACAAAGGUUGCUAGAGGAGUCUCAUUUUUUGAAAAAGGGAUCAGACAGUUCUGCUUUUUCUCUUGAACCUACUGGAAAGCAAAGACACAAAAUUAUUGAAAACAGGAUUAAGUUAUUAGGUGGUAAAGAUGUUUUUAAAGAAAAAAUUCCUUUCAAAAUAAGAUUAGGAAUGAAGCUUAAAGCAAAAGUCAGGAGUGAGAUUGCUAAGAAAAAGGCUAAAGAAGCUGGUAUUGUUCGAGCUUUACCUACAUUUAAGUCCAAAAUAAAAAAAAAACGAAAUUAUGGGUUAAAUGAGAUUACAGUUGGAAAAUAUCGUAAAGGUAUGAUUAUUUUAAGUCAGGAAGAUAUAAAGGGAGUUUCUUCUAUGUCUGGUUUUGAUAGAAAAAACAAAAGACGCAAAAAUAAUAAUAUAUAUAAUGAUGUGUAA